CAGAUCAAGUGCAGGAGCGAGGUUAUCAAUAUGCCUUUCCCUACCCUUAUCUACCUUUGCCCAAUCCCAAUAAACCAAUCAAAAUGCCUCUUGAUCCAGAAAACCCUGAAGUGCCUCCAGGUUCAGUGCAUCAGCCACCAGAGUCGUACACCCACCCAGUUUACCCUAUGCCCAAUCCUGCAGAACCCACUAAAAGGCCGAUGCCUAAUCCACAAAGGACUGAGGUCACUCCAGGUCAAGUGGAUGAGCCAAUCAAUCCAUACCUCUACCCAUAUUACCCGAUGGCCACUCCUAAAGAGCCCACCAAUAAACCACUGCCAAAUCCACCAUACCCUGAGGUCACUCCAGGUCCAUUAGAGAAGCCAACCGAUCCUUAUUCCUAUCCACUUUACCAUAUGCCCAGUCCUAACGAACCCACCAAUAAGCCAAUGCCCAAUCCACAAAAUCAUGAGGUCACUCCAGGUGAGGUGGAGCAGUCAACUGAUCUAUAUCCCAAUCCUCUUUAUCCUAUGCUUAGCCCUCAAGAACCCACUAAAAAGCCGUUACCUACUCCACAAAAGCCUGAGGUCCCUCCAGAUGCAGUGGAGCAUCCAGCCAAUGCCUACCCGUACCCGCUUUACCCUACGUCCAGUCCUGGAGUACAAUCCAAAAAGCCAUUCAAACCACAAAUAUCUCCUCUUGGUCCAUUAAAUCAGUCACCCAAUCCAUACCAGUAUCCCUUUUACCUAAAGCCAGGUCCUAACGAUCCAGCCAAAAAGCCAAUACCAAAUCCAUGGCUAAUCAAGCCCCGGCAACCCAAGGUCCCUCAUGGGCAUUUCAAGCAACCAUCUGAUCCAUACCCAUUCCCACGUUAUUCAAGGCCCAAUCCUAAAGAACCAGCCAAAACGCAAAUGCCAGAUCCAUGGCCGUUCAAACCACCAGACCAUAGAGUCGCCCAUGGACAAGUAAAGCAGCCAUCGAAACCAUACCUCUUUCCACCUUACCCUCAACCCAGUCCAAAAGAACCAGCCAAAAAGCCAAUGCUAGAGCCAUCGCUGUUGAAACCUGCCGCUCCACUGAGUCAUGUGGAGCAGCGGCCAGUCUACGCUAUCUGGCACGAAAACAAAUUACGUGCCAAGCUUGACCAUCCCCCAGCACUUUCACUUCCUCCAAGUCUGGUCCAGCAGCCACACAAUCCCUACCUGGUUUACCCUAUGCCUAACCCAGAAUUGCCCCAAAAGCCAAUACCUUUAUCGCACCCACCCGACUCAAAGCAGCCUGAAAUCCCUGGUCAUGUGCAUCAACCAGCUAAACCGUUCCCUCCAUUUAAUGUUGGAGCCGUUAUCAACAACCCACCGAAACCUGAGGUCCCUGGGAAUGCUUAUUGGCCUCUGGAACCUCAUACACCUGUCAAACCACCGGCAACACAUGUUGACACUCAGAAGCCUAAAGAUGAACAAUCUGCAACCAUCCAACCUCUAGAGGGUAAGAUGCCUCAUCCACAAUGGCAGCAGUCCAUCACAUUACCCCCGGCCAAGGAACCAGAACAGGCUCCUCCACCACCGCAGCACACUGAUGUUGCCGUGGUCCCACGGGGCUCAAGUGGUUGCGUUCAACUUUGUGCCGUUGGGUUUUCAAGUUGCUGCCCACAAAUUACUUUUCAUCAGCAUCUUUAUCUCGCAUCUCAUGGACCAUCUGAUGAAGUGACAGAUGUGGUCUCACAAGAAUUUCCAUUUGUUGCUUCCAAGCAUUUUGGACCUAGAACUCACAUAGGUCAUACUGUGCCUGAUCAAAAACCAGAUGAAGAAAAAUAUAAUCCGGAGAAGGCCUCAGACUCUCUUCCCAAUAAAAAUCAACCAUAUCACCACGUCCCAGGUGUCAAUUCUGCUUUCUUAUCAGGAAGUGCCCCAUACAAGGAAGCAGUUCCUCGAAGAGAAAGUUACACUUUUUUGGGUCCUAAACCUAAUUCACAGUAUUCCAGCUUGCCAUAUGAGAGGAGUCCAAAUUUACCACAGAGCAUAUCACCUCAAGACAUGCCCUUCGGAGUUCAAAAUUCAUUUUACAUUCCUGUAAAUCAAGAGGCACAAAACAAGCAGUCAAAAAAGCCCAACGACCAAUUGAGGGUCUUCAAUUAUUGGCCUCGUCCGAAUGCCAGGUCUCCACUCACCCCGUAUCUGGAGCAGCGGAACCCAAAUGGUAUGACAUCACCUAGGGGGUUCUCUUUUGGAUCUCAUUGGCCUUCUCAUCUUGGGGUCCAGGAGGAGCUUGGCCCCUUGUUCCCUUACUCCAUGCUUAAUGAUGCUGAAUCAACAAAAAACAGUUCAUUCGCCCAGAAUUUGACACAUUCAUCCCGUCGGAAGAAGCACAAAAAGUCCUCCACGCGUGAUCCGACUGGGCGUUUGUCUGAACCAAAAGCAUAUAUACUGCUCCAGCGUGGUCCACCAGGUAAAGAGCCCAGAAGGUCUCCAGAGUCCCCAAAUAAUUUCAGGGUUCUUCCUAACCAAGAUGUCCCAGGCCAACCUAUUGGGAAGCCUCUUCAUCCUGAACACGUUAGCACCAGGAAUUUAAAAUCUCUGCUUGAAGGACUGUUCAAGUCUUCUCAGAAUCGCUUUCAACCAAGAAAAUCUCAAACCAAUACAGCACUUCAUCCUGGAUCAAAACAAUGGAGUUCAACAGACACGGAUUGGACCGUGGCAUUGAAAGAGAGGGUCACGAGCUAAGAUCACAUGCAUGAAUUGCAAAUAAACUUUUGACUUUA